AUGUCAACCGGUAUUAACUUAGGUUUAGAACGAAUAAAUUCUCUUUUAGCUUUAUUAAAUAAUCCACAUAAACGACUUUCAGUAAUUCAUAUAGCAGGUACAAAUGGUAAAGGUUCAGUAUCAGCAUAUAUAGAUUCAAUUCUUAUACAAUCUGGCUAUAAGACCGGAAGAUUCAAUUCACCACAUUUCCUAGAACCUCAUGAUUCAAUAAAAAUAAAUGGCUUGCCGAUAUCACAGGAAAAUUUCAAGAAAGAAAAUGAAUUUAUCACAGAUAUAAAUUUAAAAAAUAAUGUAGGAGCAAGUUCAUUCGAAAUAUUAACAUCUAUAGCAUUAAAUUGGUUUGAUAAACAACAAAUUGAUAUUGCUAUAAUUGAAGUUGGGAUGGGAGGAAGAUUAGACGCAACUAAUGUUUUUGAUAACGUUUUAUCAAGUAUCAUUACUUUAAUAGGAAUGGAUCAUGAAACUUUCUUGGGUGAUAAUAUUGAAUCUAUUGCAAAAGAGAAGGCUGGAAUCAUGAAAGCAAAUGGAAAUGUUGUUAUUGCUCCUCAAAUUGAAAAGGAAGCUGCUGAUACAUUAAAGAAAUGUGUUGAUGAAAUUGGGUGUGCAAAAUCCAUAUUUGUAGAAAGUGCGAAAUGGGAACAAGAAGAAACAGGAUUGGCAUUGGCUAAUUUGAUUAAUCAUUCAAACAUCAGGAUUAAUAUUCCGCUUUCUGGAAAUAUUCAAUUAGAAAAUUCUGCUACUGCUAUCAUAGCUAUAGAUUUGUUGAGAACGACUGAAAAAAAAUUUGCAAAUAUAUCAAAUGAACAUAUUAUCGACGGAAUUUCAUCAACUAAAUGGCCUGGAAGAUUACAAUGGAUAGAUGCUUUUAAAUUAUCAAAUGUUAUUAAGAUGCCUAUAACUUCUAAUCUUUUAAUUGAUGGCGCUCACAAUCCACAAGCUGCAAAAGCUUUAAGAACUUUUGUAAACAAACUAAAUAAAAAUAAAGUUCAUUGGAUAUUUUCCGCUACAAAAGGAAAAAAUCUUACAAAAAUUUUAGACUUAUUAUUAAAAGAUGAGGAUUCAUUAAUAGCUGUUGGAUUUUCACAAGUUGAAGGAAUGCCAUGGAUAAAUUGUUAUGAUCCUAAUGAAAUUAUAGAAUAUACAAAGAAUGCAAAAAAGAAUAUUAAUACUUUUGUUGCUAAGGAUGUUAAGGAAGCACUUAUUCAUGCUUAUUCAAAUUAUAAUGAAGAAGGUGAAGUUGUUGUACUAUGUGGAAGUUUAUAUCUUAUUGCAGAUUUAUUUAAAUUUCUUCAAAUUAAUGAUUAA